AUGGCCAAGGAAUCGGCCAAAGAAUUAUUUAGACAAAUGAAGAAUGAGUUAAGUUAUAAUAUAGAAAAGCCAAAUUGUCUGGAUCUUAUUUCGUGUGCGAUGAGUUCAGAAUAUGACGAUUUUAAAACUUAUCAUAAUGAAAUAAAAUAUUUGAAAAAAGAACAACUAAAAGCAUAUAUUUGUAAAUUGAGAAAAGAAAUAAAAAAUUAUAAAAAUAAAGAAUUAAAUUAUAUUAUAGAAAUAAAAUAUUUAAGACGAAAAAUAAUAAGAUUACAAAAUGUGAUUGAAAAUGAUAAAGUUUUAAAAAGAGAUGAAAUAAUUUUUUUUUUAAAUCAUGAAAAAAGAGGUUAUUCAUUAAAAAAUUACAAUAACAAUAUGGAUAUAGGACUUAAUGAAAAUGUAGUAUUUACAGAUAACAGUUUUAAUCAUAAAAAUAGGCAAAAUAGUUUUAACAGAUCAGGCACUCCUCUCAUAUAUAACAAUUAUAAUAACAAUAAUAAUAACUCCCGUGUGCGUAGACAAUCAUAUGGGUAUAACAGUUGUUUUAAAAGUGAUUCGAUUCGAAGUAUUAAUCAUGAUAUUCAUAAAGGAAAAAGAAUAGUUGAUAGAAAAAAUUUAUGGUUUGAUAAUAAAAAAGAUGAUAAUUAUGAAAUAUAUAAUGGAAUAAUUAGUAAAGGGAUUGCUGGAUCGAAAGGAAAAUGGACAAAAAUUGAAAAAGAAAAUGGAAAUAAAAAAAUAAUUCAUACUAUAAAGCCUAUUGAAAAGGUAUAUUCUUGUGGGGAAAUUUUUGAUAACAAUAAAAAAUCUUUAAAUAGUAAAAAUUAUGAUGGUAAUAGUGAUAAAUAUCGAAAUGAUCGAUAUGAACAUUCUUUGUAUAAUUUGAAUUUGUAUAAAAAUCCUAAAAAUAUAUGUAGUGAAAAAGGAGAAAAAAAAGAAACUUUUAUUUCGAAUAGAAGUUAUUCUUCAGCAUCUAAAUUUGAAUUAAAAAGACAUCUUAUUUCAAAUAGUAAAAACAUGAAUCGUAUGUCUAGUCAUAUUAAUAGUAUAAUAGAAAAGGACAUAAAUAAAUACAACAACUCGAAAGAAAACAUUUUACAUCAAAGAAAUGAAAAAACAAUAUUGAAGAAUAAUUUUUUAAAUGGAUUAGAAUAUGGAAAUAAACAUAGAAGCUGUAGUAGCAUUCAUAGUAAUUUAAUUAUGAAAAAAUAUAAAAACAUUGAAAAAACGAAUACUAUUAAAGUAAAUAAAAACACAUUUGAUAUAUAUAAUGAUGCUUAUCAUCAAAAAGUUCUAAGCAAAAAAUACACUUCUCCAUAUGCUUAUCAAAAUAGUGGGAAAGCUAGUAGUAAUAAAUAUAGUAAUAAAAAAAAUUAUGUUAUUCGAAGAAAUAUAAAAAAUGUCGAAACAAAAUUUAGCAAAUAUAUUCCGAAUGAAAAUAAUAUUUUGGAAAAUGAGAAUCUGGAUAAACUAGAUAAAAAAAAUAAAGUCGAAAAAAAUAUAAUGUAUUAUCCUCACAUCGAGAAUGUUAAUCAAUUAGUGGAAAAUGAUUAUAUGGAUAUUAAGAGUGAUAUAAAAAGAGGGACUUAUAAUAAUUUAAUAAAAGAAUACGACAGUGAUAAUAUAAAAUUAGAAGAAGACUGUAAUAGUUCGAGUUCUAUUAAUAAAAUAAAAAAAUAUUUUCAAAAUGAGAAAAAAAAAAAAAAAAAAAAAAAAUCGGGAAAAAAGGCAAACAAAACCGUUGAAAAAGAAAACGUAUAUCUAAAAAAUGAAGAAAAAGACAAAAAUAAAAAAAAUAAUAAUUGGGGAACAACUUUAAAAUGGAAAGAAAGACAAACUAGUGAAAAAUCAAAAACAUGCAUUAAUCAUAUAACAAAAAACGAAACAAACUCAAUAGAUGACAAUAAUAAUAAUAAUAAUGAUAAAAAUAAUAGAUAUUUAUCAAAUUUAAAAAAAGUUAUACAAUCUGAUCUUAAAGAAAAUUUUAAACAGGAAUUAGAAAAAUUAAAAAAACGAAAUAAUAUUUUAAUAUCAAAACCACAUGUUUAUUGUGAUAUACCUUUUGAUAGUACGAGUGGAGGAAGUGAGAAAGACAAUUAUAGCAACAGAAAUAAUAAUAAUAAAAUUAUUGAAACUAAAAAUCAAAAUAAAAUUAAUAUUAAUUAUUUGAAAGGACCAAAUAUAUCAAAUACGUCACUUAAUGACAUUGAACAAAGAAUUAAUAAUUUACAAAACUAUUUGAAAAAAAACAAAAAAUAG